AGAAAAGCUUGAAAAACUCAGUUGGAAAAAUAUGAGUAGAGAAAAAAGAUUGUUAGCUUUUAUACAUGAGAUGACGACUGAAGUGAUGGAAAUUGAUAGCAAUUUAUCAGAAGUAAUCCUUCAUGAUCAGCCCUCAACGAUUCUAUGA